ACAUGUGUGACGCCAUCUACACCUCCUGGUUUCGUGGUGAAUGCAGUGAUAAGAGACGAGCUAGACUGGUCUUUUUUCUAGACUAUCUUGAACUCUGCUAGGAUUUGUUUUGGUCUGGAGUCUCAAGGAAACGCGUUAUCGGGAGCGCGUGCCCUCGCAUCUCAGGAGCGGUGAGGCAGUAGCUUCAGCAGCGGGCGCGACACAUGCGCGGAAUGCUCAGCGACUGACCAGACGCGGUUUGUCUUUAUUUUACAUUUUCUUUGGCGACGGCCAAGCAAAAGAAACUGAGGACAUCUGCCUCAGUGGAUAUCUGAUAUGAUGGGUUCAAGCACGCUCGAUGUGUAUGUGGGAAUUGUUCUAGUUUUACACACUUUGGGAAGUGUUUUCCAGAUCACCCGAGGAGAAUUAACGGCGGAAGGAGCAGCUUAUUCAGUUCUUCAGGGAUGGUCACAGGACGAUGUUGUCACAGUGGAGCUGCUGAGGAGGAGACGUUGGCUUCUCCUGGAGCCGCCUCCAUUGGAAAAUAACAAAGCCAGUCAAGACAGCUUGAAGCUCGAGUCUCAGGAUUCGCCUGGAAUCCUAGCUGAUGACGACGCAGACAACAGCUCUCAAAUAAUGGAAGACACAGAUCAUAACUACUACACCUCAAAAACGUAUGGCCCCAGUGACCCUAUGAGCAAAGAGUUAUGGGUAAAUAUCGAUCAGAUGGACAAAGAAAAGGUGAAGAUUCACGGCAUCCUGUCUAAUACACACAGACAAGCAGCGCGGGUCAAUCUCUCCUUUGAUUUUCCAUUUUAUGGACAUUUGUUGCGAGAGAUCACUGUUGCAACUGGCGGGUUCAUCUACACAGGAGAUGUGGUUCACCGAAUGUUGACAGCCACACAAUAUAUCGCUCCACUUAUGGCAAACUUUGACCCCAGCCUCUCCAGAAACUCAACUGUCAUCUAUUUUGACAAUGGAACUGCUUUGGUUGUCCAGUGGGAUCACGUCCAUCUCCAGGAUUCUUAUAAUCAAGGAAGUUUCACCUUCCAGGCCACAUUACACAGCGAUGGACGAAUUGUCUUUGCUUACAAAGAGGUCCCAAUACAGAUAGCAAAGAUCAGCUCUGUCAAUCAUCCAGUGAAGGUUGGGCUGUCUGAUGCCUUUGUGGUGGUCCAUAAGAUUCAGCAGAUCCCUAAUGUGCGGAGAAAGACUAUCUAUGAGUAUCACAGAGUGGAGCUGUUAAAGACCAAAAUUACCAACAGCACAGCUGUAGAAAUGUUGCCGCUACCCACAUGUCUUCAGUUCACAAGCUGCACUUCUUGCAUAGCUUCACAGAUUAACUUCAACUGCAGCUGGUGUCACCGGCUCAAUAGGUGUUCCAGCGGCUUUGAUCGCCAUAGGCAGGACUGGGUGGAUAGCAGUUGCCCAGAUGAGACAAAGGAUAACACCUGUGACAUCAUCAACACUACCAAUCUCAAUCUACCGACCACUGCGUCAGCUGAUAAGAUGACCACAAGGAACAGAGGGACCACUGAGUGUCACUCUGCUCAAGCCCCAACGCACAUGCCCACCAGCAUACCAACAGAAGAUGACACCAAGAUUGCGCUACAUCUCAAAGACAAUGGAGCUGCUGCAGCGAAAAGCACAGCAGAGAACAGCACUCACCCCCUGCACAUGGGGCUGAUUCUUGGGAUGCUCCUGCUUCUGCUCAUCAUGGUGGCCAUUGUCCUGGUGACCGUUUACAUCUACCACCACCCGAGUUCUGCUGCAGGACUCUUCUUCAUUGAGAGACGUCCCAGCAGAUGGCCUGCAAUGAAAUUUCGUCGAGGUUCUGGUCAUCCAGCGUACGCAGAGGUAGAGCCUAUGGGUCAAGAAAAAGAAGGCUUUAUUGAAUCAGAGCAGUGCUGAGAUUUGACCUUUGACUUCUGAAGUCACACACAGCCCAGCAACUUUCUUGAUGUCUAGCUACAAAUCCACACAUCUCAAAUCAUAAAGUUCCACCAACCACCGUGAACACUGAUGAAACUGAAAACAGUGAGGGUGUGGUGUUUGAUUGGAAGAGGCAUCCACAAAACAGAUGCUCGGAUCCAGCUUUUAACUCUCAAAAUGAAACAAUCUACAUUCAGUGGAAAUAUUCAGCAGCUUCUGAUCGGUUCCUGACACAAUGUAAGGAGCGGCUCUGGAAACCUUGAUUGUACUGGCUAAGGCUUUGACCUUUGACCCUCAAAAUCGACAUUGAACUGAAGGCAGUUACAUUUAAUUCUCUGAUUUGAUGUGCCUCUCAGAGAGAUUUUUCUUGCCAUGACAGUUUCUAAACUGCACAUUCAUUAUAUAGACCUUUAUAUAUCUUCAAAUGGGUUUUGUAGGGUUUUUAUGUUUGUUUUCCAUUUUUUUUUUUUUUUUUGUCAUAUUCGCUUAUGCUUUCAUCCCUUUGAUUUGAACUGAUGUUUUGGAGUAUGUUGGAUGACUUUAGUUAUAGAUACUGUGCCUCUUCUUGUUUGGAUACAAUUGGAAAAUGUUCUGUGAACAAAUGUGUCAACAGUAUUGAGUAACAUUUUUCAUCCAUAUUCCAACCAUUUAGGACAUUUUUUGCACAUAUCCAUUUAACGCACAUAUAUUGCUUUUUUUCUAGUAUAAUUUUUCCUCAACUUAUGUCACUAAUGCAUAUUUACAAGACAGGCGCUUGUGAGAUUACGUGUGUGUGCGUCUUUGUUUUGAUUUUUUUUUUUUUUUGCUGUUUUUGUCGUAAUAUUGCGGUACAUAAUGAUUCUUUACAUACAUCAUAGUUGAAAUCAAGGAUUUGGACUGAUUUCCAAUUGAAAGACAAGACAAGAGGUAUCUACUGACAGCUGUCAGUCCUUAGCUGGACAGACAUUGAGUUAUUGUAUAAUAUUUGAUAUAGAGCUUUCCUACUGAUGUCAAGGUCAUCUCAGCAACAAAGAUUAGACGCAGUGGGUUUGAGAACUGCAAUAAUGAAUUCAUUUUGACUUAAAUAAUGUGGUUUAUUACUCUACUGAAAGAGUAACACAGCAAAUCACAACCUUAUAUGACGAAUAUUCAGUAUGUUCUAAAUAAUAAUAAGGAUUUUGCUUUUGAAGGUUUACAAUAUUUAUCUUUAUAAAACUGAAUUAAGUACGGCACAUUAUAUUACCUUCUCCUUUAAAAAUGUCUCCUAAAGACAUUUUGAGUAUUGUGACCAAAGACAUGUCAUUACACACAAACAGAAUAUAUAGAAAGAAAACAAUUGGAAAACAUUUCUUUAAUACUGUACAACUGGUUGAGAUGGACAGUAGUAGAUAUUUUUGUCUUCUGUUUGAUUAUUUCAGCAAACCUAUGCAUUGGGGCAGUUCCUGAAAGUUUAAUUUCUUUUUUUCAAUUUCUGUUAGGCGUUUAAUGCAUGCAUGCAAGGGAGAUGUAUUUGUCUCUCUUUUUUUUUUUAUCCUCAUAACAGGGUGGCUCACCAAAAAUCAAGGUCUAAAUUCUAUUUUUAUCAACUUUCUUCACUGGAAGACCUGAUUAUUUUCAGCAAAUGUAACCUGAAUGUGUAUGUAUGUGUGUGUGUGACAUUGAAUCUAUCUGAAUGUAUAUGAGUGCACACUAAUGUGAGGUCUGAAGUGGAUGCUUAUUUUGUGAAAUAAUCUCAAACAAUAUGUUUGUUGAAUGAGAUCAAUUUUCUUUUCAGCAGUGAUGUCUGCUAUCAGAAAUCUGGGAAACAAACAUAUUAGCGACCUGCAUUUUUGAUAAUCAUAAUCAUCAUGUUGUGCCACACAUUGGGAGACAGUGAAAUACACAAUGCUGUAAUCUGUGUACUCUUGUGUUACUACUGUCAAUUUGAUUACAUAAUAAAAUUUGAUUAAAUAAUAAAGUUGUUUAAACUGACAA